GAUUUAAAUAUGAAGUUAAGAAUGAAUAAUAUGUACUUCAUUUUAUGAUUAUACACUACCUAAAAACCUAAACCAAUAUUAGUAUAGAAAGCUAAAAUAGGUAUGUCCAUCUGCCCUUCCCCCAUAUGGGUAAGUGGAAUAAGGAUGGCAAUAGCAAUGGCUUGUGUGAUCACCAGUUUUGAAUGUAAUAUAAUAAAUUGUUUUCCAAUAAAAUCUUCUGUAUUCAGCAAAUUAUGAAAUAAAAAUUUCAUUGCAAUGAUAGUGUAUAUUAGCUUGAGCCUUUAAUGCAUUUAGGAGAGCAGUACAGCAUGUCAACAUUCUGUCAUGGAAUAACCUCAAAAUUAGAUGGAUUCGUUAAAAUGUGUGUAAAUGAAACCGGCAGUAACAUUUAUGUUUCGGUGAAUUGUGGAAUGGAUAUCAAAGAGGAUCAUAUUAUUAAAGUAUGAUGCACUUUUCUUUAUAUUACUCCAUAUAUGAUGUGAUUGAAAAAAUAAUUUUAAAUUGAUAUAUCCAAUAUUCAAUGCAAACCAUUUUAGGCACCUACAAGUGUCAUAUAAAUACAGAUGGGUUUGAAAAGAAGUGGGUCAUUUUUUACAAUGCAGUCCUCAUUUUUGGCUGAUGGUAGCAGUAGUGGUGGUGAAGAUGAAGCCCAUAUGGAAUUAAGUUUGCACUUGUGGAGGCAAAGGAAUUACUUGCAGGCAGAGGAAGAAGAAAUAGUGAAUUAUGUGGUGAGACAUAAUGCAUAUGGUCUGGUAAAGGGCACUGCUUUAUGGAAGUUGAUGGAAGAAAAUAUGGUGUGCAAGAAAAGGACAUGGCAAUCUAUGAAGGAACGGUUCCUCAAGAAGAUCUUACCAAACAUUAAAUCAUUCAACCUUUCAGAAUCUCAGAUCGCCUUGUUUAACAAUAUAAGGGAUAUCACAAGGAAACAAAGGCAGAGAGAAAAUUUAUUACAAGAAUCUACUUCUCAGCUUAACAGGAGAUGUGGGAGUUCCAGUGAAAAUAAUGGUAAUCAAAGUAACUCAAGUGUUGAACAUUGUGGCGAUCAAAAUAAACAGAAUUUUUUCAGUAGAAGUUCAAAUUUUUACAGAGAAGAUGAAGAUAAAGCUCUGCUUAAUUUUAUUGUUCAGAAGAAAAGAUAUGAUCGAGCUGGAGGAGUACAUCUGUGGAUGUUCAUGGAACAAAAGCAGGUUGUUCCUGGUCGUUCUUGGCAGUCCAUGAAGGAGAGGUAUCGUAAAACUCUUAUGAAGAAACUGAACAAUUAUUUGCCCAGUGAUGUGGUGACAAAAAUAAUGAAAGCUGAAGUAAAAAGGGCUAAGAAGAAGAAAACGUCAUCUGCAAAUGGCAUACAUUUGACACAAAAUCCUGAAGUUGGUAGCACACAAAAGUCAGAACCUGAAACAAAUAUAAGAAGCAAUGCUCAUCCUGAUCAUCCAGCAUUGGGAUGCACAUGUUGUUUUGACAGCAGUACAGAUGCAAGUGUAGGCAGCAUAGACAGUACUGUAUUUUUGCCUUCAAUUGAACCAAAUAAGAGGGAAUAUCCACAAAAUCACAUUUCAAAACGUAAGCUAUUCUCACAGAGGGAAUCUCUAAUGGAGUUCUCACCAGUACUUGAAGAUGAAAAAAGAAUACAGUCUUCAAGAUAUCUGCAUAUGCCAAGACAGCAAUUUCACCAUAAGGAGCUCAAUAGUAGAAGUGAUGAUAGAGGCCAAAAGAGUGGUGUGACAGUUGUCAAAGUUGCAUGCACACUUAAAAAGUCACAACAAAGUAAAGAUAUUCCUGCUUAUGAUACAAUAAAAUCAUAUUUACCACAAGAAAUGAUAGGUGAUGAUGAAGUUCCCAAAGAAUUAGCUGAAAGAAGUCAUAUUGAAAACACACCUGAAGAAGAGACUGUGUUCUGUAAAGAAAGUGAAGUAUUAAAAGUUACGUCCAUUGCAGGAGGGAACAAGGGGCAGGUGUUAGAUGAUGGUAUUCAAGAGAAUAUGUCAAAUAAAAGGAAUGAGGUGCAGAGGAAGUCAAACAGAAAAAUUUUAAACGAUUGUAGUGUAUUGGAAGAACCGUCAUGUGGCAAGCCCCAAGAUGAGGUACAAGAAGUAUAUUUUACGUCAAACUGUGAAAGAUGUGAGAGUGAGUAUGUAGCCACACAGCAGAAUACUGAUGUGCAACUUCAAAAUGUGACAGUGUCUGUCAAUGAACACGAAGGAGUAACAGGUGAUAAGGAUUUAGUAGUUGAGGCAAAUAAAGAAAAGCAUGUUGCAAGAUUGAAGAAUGUUUGUGAUGUAGGAAAUGCCGCCGGAUUUUCCAUUAAAUGCUUUUUAAAUGAAGAAGCAGCUAAUAUAAAUCAUGACAAGUCAGUACAGAGGCAUCAUAAUACAAAAAAAUUAAUGAAUAAAAAAUGUUUGAAUGAAGUAAUGCCACAUAAAAAGAGUGGAAAUUGUGUGUUGGCGAUCAAGAAAUAUGGUAAGGAAAUAUUCAUAGAAGAAAUUAUGCCAUUUCCAGAAGCCAGUGCUCAAAAGCUAUCUGCCAACGAGCAUAUAAGAGAAAGAUCUGAUGGAAUACCAGAGAAGUUUUUAAAUGAACUGAAUCUAGAGGAUUUGUCUGAUAAUGAAUCAUCAUUGAAAGAUUAUUGUUUUACUCAUAAAAUAGUAAUUUCCCCCAAAACGCAGUCUGAUGAUACAUUCACUAAUAUAAGAUCUCUUUCCCAGAGUAGUUAUUCUAAGACACCCGAAACUUAUUCUUGCAGUCGUGUUUCAUUUAAUGAUGAAGAUGUUCUGUCUGGAGGAAACAGUCAUAAUAUUUUGAAACAAAAACACUUUGCUGAUAAUCGACAUGAUAAUGGAAAGUCAUUCGAGAAGGCUGAUAAUGGAACAGAUGAAAUUGAUGAAGGAUUUACAGAGAAUAAUAUGAGUACAAGCAUAAUUCAUAUACAACCAUGUACAGAAAAGAAUGAUCAUGGUGGACUGUGGGUGUUUGAAAAUAUCAGUGGUAAAGUGAAUAUCGAUAGCAACAGUGAAGGCGGAAAUGAUAUUCCAAUGUUAAAUGCGUGCACAGUAGAUGGGAAAAGUUCAAAUUCCAUGAGAGAAAUAAUGAAUGAUUGUGUACACUUACUGGAAGAUAACUCUAGAGUUUUGGGUCUUCCAGUAGAAAAGUUAAUUCCUUCAACCACUCUGAAUGGACAUACAGAAUUUGCAGACAAAGAGCAAACACAUGAAGUCUCUGAAACUACACAUUCCUUACCCUUGUCUUCAUGUGUGGAAAGUUCUUGUGAACUAACACCUGAGAAUAUUAUAGCAGAUGUAGGUCAACAUUCUGAAGAACAAUCCUCUUUCUCUUGUCCAAGCCAGGAAUCUGUGCCAUCUUUAUCAGCACCAUCAUCAGAGGACUCAACCCACAACAAAAACAAUGGUUUGACUGGGAGACUUUUAGAACGGUCAGAGAAAGGGAGCUUGGCUUGCUGGUUUAAAUCCAGCACAGAAAAUUCCAAUUCAUCAGCUCGCUGGUCAGGAUGCGAUGUGUGUGAGUCCUCUUGCAACAGCUCUGCUUAUUCUGCUGCUUGUAAGAGUCUGAAGAAGAACCAGUGGUGGAAAAGUAAAGACUGUUCUAUUUGUGACAGAUGUGAGACCAUGGAACCUUGUAUGGAAGAUGCAUAAUGCCAUGGCAAAGUAACUGUAACGCUGUCAUGAAGUUCAGUAUUGUAGUAUAUUCACCAGUGAAGAGAGAGAUGAAGGAAUGCUGGCAGAAGUGUUGGCUAACAUAAUUUUUCAGUUGUAUUGUUGCAGAUAAUAACAAUGAAAUAUAGUGCAACCUCAGUAAUGUUAA